AUGUAUGAUAUAAAUAAGGCAAUAUGUGCUGAGAUAAAGAGUGCGGAGCUUGAUGUAUUAAACAGUGGUGAGUUGAGAAGAAUAUCAAUGGGUAAAUAUGAAAAUGAAAAAUAUGAAUAUGAGAAAACUCAUAAAAGUGGAGUUGUUACAAAAAUGUAUUAUGACCCUAAAUAUGGUACCAUUGAUCAUAACCAAAUAUGUUCAGUUUGUUUUGAAAGACAUGAGAAUUGUACUGGUCAUAUUGGUCAUAUUGAAUUUGUUCUUCCAUUAUUUAAUCCAUUAUUUUAUAAAGAAUUACAAGAAUUAUUAAAUUUGAUUUGUUAUCAUUGUUAUAAUUUUUGUUGUUCUGAGGAUGUGAUAUUUUUAUUAAAACAUAUCUUCCAAUUGAAAUCGUUAAAUCAUAUUGAAAGUACUAAUAAAAUAAAAUACAAAAAAAAUUGUGAUUAUGAAUAUAUAAUUGAUCAAGUGGAGAAAUUAUAUAAAAAAAUAUGCAAAGAUUCGGAUAUAUCUUUAGAAGACAUCGUUGAGGCUAUAUAUGAUGAUUAUGAUAAUGUUUAUGAGGACAAGGAUGGAAGUUUUGAUGAGCACAUGGAUCUUUUGAAUUCUCUGGAAAAGGAAAAAGAUGAUAAAAAUGAAAAAAAUGAUAAUAAUAAUAUAGAUAUGGAUGAUAAUAAUAAUAAUAAUAAUAAUAAUAAUAAUAACAGUAGUAAUAAUAACAAUUAUUUUAGUGACAAUCUUGUCGACUUAGUCCCAACUGAAGAAAUUUAUGAAGAAGAAACAGACGCACCAGCUAGUGAUGAGAACAAAGAAAAGAAACCUGAUUAUAACAAAUUAAAAGAAAGAAUUAAAAAAUAUAAAUUUGAUCCAAAUAAAUUAGCAUUUCAAUCAAAUUAUAAUUAUGAAGAAUAUUUAAUAUUAAGUAAAACUAUUAAACUUCAUAUGAAAAAAAGUAGUAAAUGUUGUUUUUGUAAAUUUCAAAGAAAUAUAAGUGCUAAGGUAUCACAAAGAAGAGAUACCAUAAAUUUUAUAGGAGUACACACAAAUAAUCCUUUUUUUAAAAAAUAUAUGCCAAAGAAGAAACAAAAAAAGAAUAACAAAGAUGAUAAAGAUGAUAAAGAUGAUAAAGAUGAUCAAGAUGAUCAAGACGAUAUAGAUUAUCAAGACGAUAUAGAUGACUUGGAAAAUAUAAAUAAUGUUGACGAUAUAGAUUAUGUUGAUGAUGCAGACAACAUACAUCAUAUUAAUGAUGAUGAAAAGCAAUUGAAUAGUUUUAAAGAGAAAAAUGAAAAUAAUAAAUUGAUGAUAAAAAGAGAAAGUAAAAAAAGUGAAUAUAACAAUAAUAUUAAUGAUGAAUCAAUAAAAAUAGAAGAUGAUAAUAAUGAAAUGGAUGAUAAACAAAUUGAUAUGGAAGAAAGUAUGGGAUAUGAAAAUUCUUUUAAUGAAUUAUCAACACAUAAUAUUUCGAAUGAUAAAAUAAAAAAAAGUUCGACCUUUACAGAUAUGGUAAAUCAUUAUAAUAAAACACAACCUAUUAAAGAAAAAUGUACUAUACGUUUAUUUAGUUUUCAAGUUAUAGAUAUAUUAAAAAAAAUAUUUGAAAAUAAUAAUAAAGAUAUUAUUAAUUUAUUAUAUCCAUUUACUAAAAGAGAUGGUUAUAAGAAAUUUUUUUUAUAUGAUAUGGGUGUAAGUGGAAACAGAUUUAGAAGUCAAUCUAAAGGUAUACAUGUUCGAACGAAGAUAACAAAUACAUUGUGUCGAUUUAAUAAUUUUAUUAAGCUAUGUAUAAAUGCAAAGAAAAAGGUUGAUUUUGAUUAUUUAUUAGAACAUAAUAAGAAAGAUUUAAAAUUAUAUAAAGAUAUGUUUUCUGUUUUUUCUUUAAAAAUGAAAUAUAAAUUUAAUCAUAAUAUAAUGGAUGAUGAUACAGAUAUAACAAAGAUGGAUUUUUUAAAAUAUUAUACAUUAGUUUAUAAUAAUAAAAGUGCAUAUAUAAAUAUAUUAUUUAGCACAUUACAAUUAGGUGUUAAUACAUUUUAUGAUUCUACUUUAACAGAAAAAGUUAAUAAUAAACAUUUAAAAAAUAUAAGUAUAAGACAAAUAUUAGAUAAAAAAGAAGGAAUCUUAAGAAAAAAUAUAAUGGGGAAAAGAGUUAAUAAUUGCGCAAGAACUGUUAUAUCUCCAGAUACAUUUAUUGAAACAAAUCAAAUAGGUAUGCCUUUAGAGUUUGCAAAGGUAUUAACUAUAGAUGAAUAUAUAACACAAAAUAAUUUUACUUAUAUAAAAAAGUUAAUACAAAAUGGACCAAAUAUAUAUCCAGGUGCCCUUAGUUAUAGAGAUUCAAAUGGUAGAGUAUUUAAAUUAUCACAUAAAUAUGAAGAUAGAUUAAAAGUAAUUGAAAAAAUAGAAAAAAUUAAUUUUCAAACAGAAAAUAGUUAUGUACUUCAUAGGCAUGCACGUGAUGGAGAUGUAGUUAUAAUGAAUAGACAACCUACAUUACAUAAAUUUUCUAUUAUGGCUCAUUAUUUAAAAAUAUUUGAGAAAGAAAAGGUUUUUAGAUUAAAUUAUGUUAAUUGUAGUUCUUAUAAUGCAGAUUUUGAUGGUGAUGAAAUGAAUUUACAUUUAUUACAAACACCAUUAGCAAGAGCUGAAGCAACUCAUUUAAUGAAUUGUGAUUUUUUAUUUACAAGUUUUAAAGAUGGAUCUCCUCUUAGAGGUUUAGCUCAGGAUUUUAUUCUUGGUGGUUUACAUUUGACAUCUUUAGAAACAUUUUUGAAUUAUGAUGAAUAUUGUAAUUUAUUGCAGUGUUCAUUGAACUCUUUGAUAUCUCAAAAAAAUUCAUUUUUUAUUAAAAAAAGGAAAAAUAACAGCAUCAACACGAACAAUAAUAAUAAUAAUAAUAAUAAUAAUAAUAAUAAUUGUAGGAGUAGUAGUAGUAGUAGUGUUAUGAAAAAUAUGAAGAAUUCACAAUAUGAUAUUAAUAAUAAUGAGAGUAAUUCUGAUUGUAAUAAAAAGAUGAGUAUUAUAAAAACAAACCAAUCUAUUGAAGAUAAUGGGAAAAUAUUAAGUGGUGUAUCAACUGAUGAAGGAAGAAAUAAUUCUAUAUAUGAUUUACAAAUAAAUAAUUUAAUGAAACCACAAGAUAUAGAUAUUUUAAAAGAAACAAAUAAUGUUGAACAAUUUAAUGGUAAUGUUUUAAAAAUAACGAAUUAUAAUUAUCUAGAUCCAUAUGCUAUUAUAUUAAACAGAACAAAUUUUACUAUUAUUACAGAAGAACCAGCAAUUUUAUAUCCAAAAAAAUUAUGGACAGGAAAACAAUUAAUAACAAGUAUUUUAAAAACAGUAAUUGAUAAGGUUGCUAUAGAGACAUAUAAUAAAUAUAAUGAUAAUGAAUUUAUGAAUACAUAUAAAGGAAUUAAUUAUAUAGCUAAAGCAAAAACAUCACCAGAUUUAUGGUCCUUUGAUCCAUUGAAAGAAAAUGAAGUUAUUAUAAAAAAUUCAGAAUUACUACAAGGAGUAUUAGAUAAAUUACAUUUUGGUGCCAGUUCAAAUAGUUUAGUUCAUUUAUGUCAUGAAUUAUUUGGACCCAAAACUAGUGCUGUUAUGUUAGAUUGUUUUGGAAGAUUAUUUAUAAAUUUUUUACAACUUCGAGGGACUAGUUUAAGUUUAUAUGAUUUUAUAUUGAAUAAAAAUGCAAAGAAAGAAAAACGUCUUAUUAAAAAAAGAAUAUCUUUUACUGGUUUUUAUUUACAAAAUUUAUUUGUUUAUUCUAUAGCAAAUUCUGUAAAUGCUGAUAUUACUGAUAUGAAUUCUUAUACAAAAAAAAAAAUGAAUACAGGGAAUCAAAGAAAAAAAUUAAUACUUAAUAAAAUGUAUGAUUUAUAUGAAAAACAAAAUGAACUUAUAAAUAAUAAUUUUAUUGAGAAACAAAAUGAUAUAAACAAAAUGAAAACAAAACAUUUAAAAAAUGAUAGUGAUAUAAUUAUUAAAGAUGAUAAUGUUUUAUCUAUAUCAGAAAAUUCUUAUUUAUUUGCCUUGUUAAAUAAAGAAUUACAAAAUAUUAUAUUCCACAUAUUAAAUGAAAUACAAUUUUGUGAUGAUAAGGUUUCUUCAUUAAAUAAAGACAAAAACAAAAAUAAAAUUUCCAACAUUUCUAAUAAAUAUAAUAAACAUGAUAAUGUUGUUAAUCUAGAUCAUGAAACAAAUUCUAAUUCUUCUUUAUACUCAUGUGUUCAAUAUGUUCUUAAUAAAGAUCUUUUUAAUAUAUAUGAAAAAUAUUUAAAUGGAAAAAAUGAAGAAGCAAAUAAACAUAUAUUUUAUAAUAAUUCUCAAAUAGAGGAAACAAAUAAUCAUUUCUUAAAUUCUAUAACAAACAAAUUAUAUAAAGCUUUAAAAGAACCUACAUUUUUUAAUUCCACUAGUUUUACUAUAAAAAAAAUUACAAAGAUUAUUGAAAAAGUACUUACCUUUUUGAAAGCAGCUAGAUGUAACAAGAGAUUGAAAAUUUAUAUUAUAUUUGAAUUAUUUCAAAAUAAAAAUAUUAUGAAAUAUUUCCCCUCUUUAGUUACUUAUAUAAAUAGUUUUGAUUAUGAUGUAAGUAAUGACCAAAUUAUUAAAAAUGUUAUAAAUAAUAUAUAUUUUAAAGAAGAAGAUGAAUCACACUUAUCAUCUAUAAAUAAUAUGAAUGUGCAAGAUAAUUGUAAUAAAGAUCUAAAAAUUAAAUGUGAACAACAAAAUAAUGAAUUUGGAGAUAACGAAAAAAUAAAAAAGAAAAGAAAAUUUGGUGAAGAAAAAAGCAUUCAAGAGAUAAAAAAAUAUAAGUUGAAAAAAUUUCUUCAUUUUUAUGGUGAAUUACAUAAAAAAUGGAAUUAUGAAGGAGGAUAUAAUAUUGACGAGAAGGAUAUUAUGAAUACCCAUAAUGAUAAUAAUAGUGAUAAUAAUAAUAAUAGUGAUAAUUAUAAUGAUAAUAAUCAUAAUAGUGAUAAUUAUAAUGAUAAUAAUAAUUUAUUUAAAAGAAGUGCUGUUAAAAAUGAAAUAAUGACAAAUAUAAAUCCUACAAGUAAUGAUGUAUAUGAUGAAAAGAUUAUAAGAAAUUGUUUAGUGUCAAGUUUACCUUCUUUUACUUUAAAUGAUGAAAUAACUAAUUUAUCAUAUAAUGGAAAACAUCAAUAUUAUGAAGAUUAUUUAUGUUCUAAAAAAAAAGAUGAAGAAGAUUUAAAUUUUAAAUAUUAUAAUAUGGAUGAUGUAUUUUAUAAAAUGGAAUAUUUAAUACAUAAUUAUUUUUAUUUAAAAAGAUGUGAUUUUGAUAAUUUAAUUGAUUCAUUAUUUCAACCUUAUUUAUGUCGAGUAUCUUCUGGAACAAAUAAUUUAAUUAAUAUGAAUAAUUUAAUGAAUAAAUUUUUAAAUAAUGGUUUUAGUAAUAUGAUUUUUACAGGUGCUAAAGGUAGUAAAGUUAAUUAUUCUAUGAUUUGUGGUAUGUUAGAUCAACAAUAUUUAGAAGGUAAACGAGUACCUAGAAUGAGAUCUGGAAAGACAUUACCAAGUUUUCAUAGAUAUGAUUAUGGAGCUCGAUCAUGUGGUUUAAUUACUGAUUGUUUUUUAGAAGGUUUAAGACCACAAGAAUAUUUUUUUCAUUGUAUGUCUGGAAGAGAAGGUUUAAUAGAUACAGCUGUGAAAACUGCCAAAUCAGGUUAUAUUCAAAGAUGUUUAAUUAAAUGUAUGGAAUCAGUUAUAUUACAUUAUGAUGGGACUGUAAGAAAUGAAGAUAAUUCCAUUAUUCAAUUUUUAUAUGGUGAAGAUGGUAUUGAUCCAUCAAAAACUGCAUAUUUAGAUUUAUCAAAAGAUUUAUUACAUAAUUAUCAUUUAUCAUUUAGUAAAUAUUUAAAUAAUAAUAUUCAUAGUAAAAUAUUGAAUAAUCAAGAAUUAUUUUUAAAACAUGAAAAAGAUAAUAAUAUAGAAAAUAAUGAAGAACCAUUAAUUAGUAAAUAUAAUCCAUAUACAUAUAUUGGUAGUGUAUCAGAUAAAUUCAAUAAUAAAUUAAAUAAUACAUUAUUAUGGAAUGAUUUAAAUUUUACAGAAUAUGAAAAAUUACCAAUAAAUUUUGAUACAUUAUCAUCAUCUCUUUUAAAAUCAAAAUAUUAUAAUUCUUUAUGUAAUCCAGGUGAAUCUAUAGGUAUAUUAGUAGCUCAAUCAUUUGGUGAGCCAGCUACACAAAUGACAUUGAAUACUUUUCAUUUAGCUGGUACAGAAAAUGUUACUAUGGGUAUUCCAAGAUUAAAAGAAAUUUUUUUAACAUCAAAAUUGACUUCUAAACCUAUGAUUUAUGUUCCUAUAAAAUUACAAGUUGAUAAUUUAAAAAAUGAUCCUAAUAAAAUGAAAAAUUAUAUUACAAAUAUUGCAGAUAAAAUCUUAAGUAGUUAUCAAAGUAUUUUUUUAACAGAUGUUAUUUAUGGUAUUGGUGUUGAUAGGAAAAUUAUAUUAAAAGAAAAUCAAAAUGAACAAAAACAUACUAUUAAUUUAUCAGAUAUUAUGAAUAAUGAAAAUAUAAUAAAUAAUAAUAAUGAACAACAAAUGAAUACAGAUAAUACUGAGCUAACCAAAAUUAAUAAUGUUUUAAAAAAUUGUAAUAUUAAUUUUGAUAUGAAAAAAGAAUGGAAUUAUGAAAUUAUUAUUCAAUUUGAAAAUUUAUAUCAUUUCUGUAAUAUUAAUAAACAUCUAACAAUAUCAUUUAUACUUUAUAAAGUAGUAAAUGCCUUAUUAAAUUCCGUCUUAAAUAAGGUUCAUGAAACUUUUGUAUUUCAUAAUUUAAUAAACAUUAAUUCUUUAAAUCAUGAAUAUUAUGAUGAGUUAUAUGACUUCAUAAGUAAAAAAAUGUCAGAAGAAUUUAAUUUUAAUAUGGAUAAAUAUGAAUAUAAAGAUGAUGAAGAUCAAAUAAAUGCUAAGUUAAAAUUUAUGGCAAAAGAAAAUGAACGUUAUGAAUCCAAAAGAGGAGCAAAUAAUAAUAUAUCAGGUGAAUAUCAAAAUGCUUCACAUAAUAUGCCUAGCCAUAUGGAAGAUGAUUCUCCCACGAAAUCUUAUAAUGAUAUUUCAAAUAAAGAAAAUAUGUCUGCUUAUGACCUUGAAAAAGGAAAUGAUGGGGAUCGUGACCACGAUGAUAUGUCUGAUAUCGAGUUGAAGGAUAAUUCUGAAAAAAAUUCCAACAGUGAUCAAGCUUCAAAAAACGGUGAUAGUGAUACUGAAGAGGAGGAAGAAGAUGAUGGAUUAAAGUCAGAGAAGGAUAAAGAAGAGGAUGAAAAGGAAUAUGACGAGGAGGGAGAAAGUGACACAAGUAGUAAGAUUGAUAGUGAUAAUAAUAGUGAUAAUAAUAUUGAUAGUGAUAAUAAUAGUGAUAGUGAUAAUAAUAGUGAUAAUAACAAUGAUAGUGAUAAUAAUAGUGAAUUACAAAUGAUGAGGUCCAAUAAAAAAGAAAUUAUAGAUAUAAAUAAUAAAGAUAAAUGUUUGACUAAUAGAAAUUCUAGUAAUGAAUCAAAAAUAUCAGAAUGCUCCAAUACACGAGGAAGUACUGUAAAUUAUUUUUCAUCAGAAACUAGUGCUACACAUCAUAUAUUAAUAGAUGAAGAAACAUCAGAUAUUUUUCAUAGUUUGAAAGAUAAAAAAAUAAAUAAUACUAAAUUAAAUAAUAUUAAUGAUAAUAAAAAUAUGUCAUCAACGACGGUUUCAUCUUCUUUAUCAUCAUCAUCAUUAUCAACACCAUUAAAUAAAAAAAAUAAUGAAUAUGAUGAACAUAUAAAUGAUAUUCAUUUUAUAGAAAAAAAUAAAUUUGAAGAAGAAAUGGAUAAUAAAGAAGAAUAUAUUACUAAAUCAUUUACAAAAUUAUCAUAUGAUUAUAAAAAUAAUAUUAAUUUAAUAAUAUCGUCAGAUGAUGAUGAAGAAAAUAUUGAACAAAAUGAAGAAGGACAAAAAAUAAAAAAAAAUGAACAAAGAUAUGUUAAAAAUAUUAUUGAUAAAAUAAAAAGUAGUUUACUUUGUUUUAUUAAAAAUAUACAUUUCUCACCUGUAACAUGGAUAUUAAAAUUAGAUAUAGGAUGGGAUAUUAAUUUUUUUCCAUAUCCUAUCGAUUUCUUAAAUCAUAUAAAAUCAGAAAUAAAUAAAGAAGUUUUAUUCAAAGUAAAAGAUUUAAAUAAUCCAAAAAUUUUAAAGGGUAAAGAUAUUACUCAUAGUGGAGCAGAAUAUGAAUUACAAAUUGAAGGAAAAAAUAUUUAUAAAUUGUAUAAUAUUAAAGAUAAAUAUAUCGAUAAAACAAAAUUAUAUUGUAAUGAUAUUUAUGCUAUUGUUAAAACAUAUGGUAUCGAAGCAGGAAGAUUAUGUAUAACUAAGGAAUUAAAAAAAGUUUUCGAUGCUUAUGGAAUACAAAUUGAUUUUAGGCAUUUGUCAUUUAUAAGUGAUUUCAUGACACAUACAGGCGAUUUAAAAGCUUUUAACAGACACGGCUUGGGAUAUUUCCGUAAUGUUUUUCAUAAAAUGAGUUUUGAAUGUGCUACGAACUUUUUAAUACAAGGAUGUAUACACAAUUCAAUUGAUUACUUAUCAACGGCAUCAAGUAGCUUAUUUUUUGGUAAACAUAUAAAAGUAGGUACAAAUUUAGCGGAUAUUGUAACAUGCAUAGAUAAAUAA